AUGCUCGGAGGCACACGUGGACUCCUCCCACGCCUCGUCGUCCUCCUCGCCCUCGUCGCGCGCGCGCGCGCGGUCGAUAACGCCGUCUGCGCGACCUCGAGCGACGGCGGCGUCGAUUGGUUCCCACCGGCGAAUCGUCUGAGCGCGGACGCCACCGCGGGUGGAUCCACGCGGGCGACCUACGACGUGGGCGCGGCGUUUAACGUCUCGUACGCGAAGACGUUCAAGGUUGUGCGCACGAAGGCGCUCGUCGGAGGCGCGCUGGCGGCGGAGAAGACGUACGUCCUGCAUCAGUGCGGGACGCCGCGGCCGACGGUCGACGUCGACGGUUCGAGCGCGUUUCCGAGCGAUGCGCAGUUCUUCAGCGUCCCGGUGAGAGCGGUGGCGACGUCGAUGACGGUGGCGGUGGGGUACCUGGAGCAGCUCGGGGCGCGGGACGCGCUGAAGAUGACGGACCCGGCGUACGUGCACUCGCCGUGCGUGCAACGGGAUGAAGAAAAUGGCGUCAUCGUCGCGAGCCACAUUGAAUACAACUCGGAUUGGUCGGAGAACCGUACGCUGUGGCGAAACGCUUUGAACGGAAUCUCUGGACUGGAUAUGGUGAUCACCGAUCACUACGACGGCGGAACGGGGUCGUCGGGAACCGCUAAGGACGUGGCGUUUCACGCCUCGGACGCGGAUCUCGAUAUGCUCCAACGCACUGAGCAAAUCAAAUUUCUCUCACUCUUCUUCAAUAAGGAGGCGGAGGCGAACGCGUAUUACGCUGAUCAAGUCGAACGGUGGAAUUACAUGUCGUCGCUCAUCGCCUCGGCGCAGUCGCAAGGCAGACUUCGUUCGGGACUGAAAUGCGCCUGGGUCACCGCAUCUGGCGGAUCUUACACCGUAAGCUGGGCCAAAUAUAAAGAUGACAUCUGCACAGCCGCGGGAUUGACAACGUACGCACAAAGCGGAGUCAGUGGUACCUCACACACCUUCCCUUCGACGGAGGCUUACCUGACCGCCAUGGCGGGCGUGAGCAUCGUCAUCGACGAGUCGUACUUUUACAACCCGAGCACGUCGGCGACCAAAACGGCAGUUCACGCCAAUCUCGACUUCACUGGCCGCACCCUUCCGUCUAUGAAUUCUGCGACGGGAAUGAUCUUGCGAUUAGACAAGCACGUGAGCGAUGGCGACCCGCUGUACGCCCCUGCCGGGUACUACCCUUCGGAAGGCAUGGCGUGGUUUGAGGACCCUUACGUCCAUCCCGCGCUCGUCUUGGCUGAUUUUGCGCAACUCGUGUGGUUCUCGAGCUUUGGCAUCGAGGCCAUCCGAGCCGGUUGUCCGAGAUUCUUCCGCGACGUCAACAGUGACGAUGGCGUCAUCAAGACGACCGCAUCAGACUGCGAUGUGUGGGAAAACGCGCGCAUCAACCAACUGUGCUUGAUUCAGCUCUCGCAACAACGCGUGACGCUGGCAGCGCUCUUCAGCCUACCGGGCUCUUCAUCCAGCGCGGCGCCCGUCAGCCGCAUCGCGUUGACACUCGUCGUCUUCGCGGCAACCGUCAUGGCCUUUCUCACGUAG